AUGCAGAGCACGGCGUCGGUCAUGCUCUCCUCGAUCCAUGUCAGCGCCGAUGUGACGCGUGCAAACACGUCCGGAAUGUUGGGCACCUGGAUCUGGGAGGCAGAUGCUCCGGCCGUGCAGUGCGCCGCCGUCAGCACGUACCGGUUGUUGAUGACGCUGUCGCCGCAGAAGGUGCGCGUGCCACCGGGGCGCACCAGGCCGGCCUGCCACGGGUACUCGUUGACCCAGAGUUAUUACGGUGAAGGUACUGCGGAACAGGCAGAAUCCGCCAGCAAAGCAGCCAACCGGCGCAGCAGGGUCGUGGGCGGCACCGAGACCGACGUCAACGAGUACCCGUGGCAGGCCGGCCUGGUGCGCCCCGGUGGCACGCGCACCUUCUGCGGCGGCAGCGUCAUCAAUAGCCGGUACGUGCUGACGGCGGCGCACUGCACGGCCGGAGCAUCUGCCUCCCAGAUCCAGGUGCUGCUCGGCGACCACCGGAUCAGUGUGCCGGACGGCGAGACCCGGUACCCGGUCGUCCAGAUCCUGCAGCACCCGCAGUUUGUUAGUGCCAGUACCGGGUACGACUUCUCACUGCUGCGCCUGGACCGCACCAUCGUCUACGACAGCCGGGUGGCUCCCGUCUGCCUGCCGCAGGCCGGCCAGACGUACGCCGGCGUCACGGCCGUGGCCACCGGCUUCGGCCGCGUUGGGGCCAACAUGCCGCAGGCCGACAUGCUCCUCGAGGUCGAGCUGCCCGUCUUGACGCAGACGCGCUGUACGCAGAUCUGGGGCAGCCUUGUGCGUGAAAGCAUGAUCUGCGCCGGUGGGCUCCCCUCCGGCGGCAAGGGCGUCUGCAACGGCGACAGCGGCGGCCCGCUGGUGACGUCCGUCUCCGACCGCUACACGCUCAUCGGGCUCACAUCGCUGGGCAGCCCUUGCGCUAACCCCAACACUCCGGACGUGUUUGCACGCGUCACAUCGGCGCUGACAUGGAUCGAGGAGAGCACGACCGACGCCGUGCUCUGCAUCUAA